GGCUUGGGCACUCCACUCCUACGUCCCUCAGGGCGCCCAGAAGGUUACAACCGUCCUGUCCCUUUAAGGGGGCUGAGCUAGGGCUCUGUUACUUCCGCCCCAAAGGAACAUGGCGCCAGCAGGUUGGGGAGAAGUUGGAGGGGGACCAAAGGUACGCAGGGAACGCCCCUCAGAAGCAUGGCGGUGCUUCGGUCUCCGCGGUCGCGCCCGUCCCUGACGUCAUUUCCGGGGCGGAGGAGGCUGAGUGGUGCAGUGAGGGACAAACAAAAGGAGGCGCCGGAGGGGCGCAGCUGCCGGCGGCGGGACGAAGCGGCGGGGGCCGGGCCUGCCUGCAGGGCGGCCGGGCGCGGCGGGCCCAGUGAGGCAUCUUCCAUGGAGCAUAAGGAAUGCCAGGACCCUGCCCAGACAGACGUGGGCCAACCUCAGCACCAACAACCAACACGCAGAUAGCAGAGCCGUCCACAGGAUAGAGACAGAGGGAGAGACACCACAGCAUCAAAGCUUCCUCCAGUGCAGUGGGGACUAGGCUUGAACCCAGGUUGUCUGCAUGGCAAAGGUUAUUGCUGGGGCUUGGUGCUUGCACUACAAAUCCAGUGCUCCUGGAGGCCAUCUUUUAUGUUAAUACAUAAGUUGAACCAUGAUUCCGGUGACAGAGCUCCGCUACUUUGCGGACACACAGCCAGCAUACCGGAUCCUGAAGCCGUGGUGGGAUGUGUUCACCGAUUACAUCUCCAUCGUCAUGCUGAUGAUCGCCGUCUUUGGAGGCACGCUGCAGGUCACCCAGGACAAGAUGAUCUGCCUGCCUUGCAAGUGGGUCACCAAGGACUCCUGCAACGACUCCUUCCGGGGCUGGGCGGCACCUGGGCCAGAACCCACCUACUCCAACUCCACCAUCGUGCCAGCCCCUGCCACGGGCCCUACAGGCAUAAAGUACGACCUGGACCGGCACCAGUACAACUACGUGGACGCCGUGUGCUACGAGAACCGCCUGCACUGGUUUGCCAAGUACUUCCCCUACCUGGUGCUCCUGCACACGCUCAUCUUCCUGGCCUGCAGCAACUUCUGGUUCAAGUUCCCACGCACCAGCUCGAAGCUGGAGCAUUUUGUGUCCAUCCUACUCAAGUGCUUUGAUUCGCCCUGGACCACACGGGCCCUGUCAGAGACAGUCGUGGAGGAGAGCGACCCCAAGCCAGCCUUCAGCAAGAUGAACGGCUCCAUGGACAAGAAGUCAUCAACGGUCAGCGAGGACGUGGAAGCCACCGUGCCCAUGCUGCAGCGGACCAAGUCCCGCAUCGAGCAGGGCAUCGUGGACCGCUCGGAGACCGGCGUGCUGGACAAGAAGGAGGGUGAGCAGGCCAAGGCGCUGUUCGAGAAGGUAAAGAAGUUCCGGACCCACGUGGAGGAGGGAGACAUCGUGUACCGCCUCUAUAUGCGCCAGACCAUCAUCAAGGUAAUCAAGUUCAUCCUCAUCAUCUGCUACACGGUCUACUACGUGCACAACAUCAAGUUCGACGUGGACUGCACCGUGGACAUCGAGAGCCUGACGGGCUACCGCACCUACCGGUGUGCCCACCCCCUCGCCACACUCUUCAAGAUCCUGGCGUCCUUCUACAUCAGCCUGGUCAUCUUCUAUGGCCUCAUCUGCAUGUACACCCUCUGGUGGAUGCUGCGGCGCUCGCUCAAGAAGUACUCCUUCGAGUCCAUCCGGGAGGAGAGCAGCUAUAGCGACAUCCCGGACGUCAAGAAUGACUUCGCCUUCAUGCUCCACCUCAUUGACCAGUAUGACCCCCUCUACUCCAAGCGCUUUGCCGUCUUCCUGUCCGAGGUGAGCGAGAACAAGCUGCGGCAGCUGAACCUCAACAACGAGUGGACGCUGGACAAGCUGCGGCAGCGGCUCACCAAGAACGCUCAGGACAAGCUGGAGCUGCACCUGUUCAUGCUCAGCGGCAUCCCCGACACCGUGUUCGACCUGGUCGAGCUGGAGGUCCUGAAGCUGGAGCUCAUCCCCGACGUGACCAUCCCACCCAGCAUCGCCCAGCUCACGGGCCUCAAGGAGCUGUGGCUGUACCACACUGCGGCCAAGAUCGAGGCCCCCGCCCUGGCCUUCCUGCGUGAGAACCUGCGGGCGCUGCACAUCAAGUUCACGGACAUCAAGGAGAUCCCGCUGUGGAUCUACAGCCUGAAGACGCUGGAGGAGCUGCACCUGACCGGCAACCUGAGUGCGGAGAACAACCGCUACAUCGUCAUCGACGGGCUGCGAGAGCUCAAGCGCCUCAAGGUGCUGCGGCUCAAGAGCAACCUGAGCAAGCUGCCCCAGGUCGUCACUGACGUGGGCGUCCACCUGCAGAAACUGUCCAUCAACAACGAGGGCACCAAGCUCAUCGUCCUCAACAGUCUCAAGAAGAUGGUGAACCUGACGGAGCUGGAGCUCAUCCGCUGCGACCUGGAGCGCAUCCCCCACUCCAUCUUCAGCCUCCACAACCUGCAGGAGAUUGACCUCAAGGACAACAACCUCAAAACCAUUGAGGAGAUCAUCAGCUUCCAGCACCUGCACCGCCUCACCUGCCUUAAACUGUGGUACAACCACAUCGCCUAUAUCCCCAUCCAGAUCGGCAACCUCACCAACCUCGAGCGCCUCUACCUGAACCGCAACAAGAUCGAGAAGAUCCCCACCCAGCUUUUCUACUGCCGAAAGCUGCGCUAUCUGGACCUCAGCCACAACAACCUGACCUUCCUCCCUGCUGACAUUGGCCUCCUGCAGAACCUCCAGAACCUGGCGGUGACAGCCAACCGGAUUGAGGCGCUUCCCCCAGAGCUCUUCCAGUGCCGGAAGCUGCGGACCCUGCACCUGGGCAACAACGUGCUGCAGUCGCUACCCUCGCGGGUGGGGGAGCUGACCAACCUGACCCAGAUCGAGCUGCGGGGCAACCGGCUGGAGUGCCUGCCCGUGGAGCUGGGCGAGUGCCCGCUGCUCAAACGCAGUGGCCUGGUGGUAGAGGAAGACCUGUUCAACACAUUGCCGCCCGAGGUGAAGGAACGGCUCUGGAGGGCAGACAAGGAGCAGGCCUGAGCACUGACGGGUAGCUGGAUGGCUUGGCGUGGCCAGUGGCAAGAACACCGAAGAGCCUUUAGGCCCAGGAACCCACAAGUCCCGGGAGCCGGAGGAGAAGCCGGGGCCCUCUGUGAGGGGCCAGGGCUCCUGGACAGUACCUAAGGGGCUGGCCCCUUUCUCCCUCUGAGACUCAUGAACCCCUGAGGCAGAUGCCUAUGAGGGAGGAGUCAGAGACCUACUGAUUGGAUCAGAGUUAGUCUCAGAGUGAAUGAAGUAUUUGGACAAUCAGGGCCUCCUCCCUGGAGGUCAUUUUUGCCCCCAAGGCCACACUGACACCUGAGGGCCAGGGACACCUACUUAGCUCUUGGUAUUUAUUAUUUUUUCCCCAUUUCUGUCCCCUCCCUCCAGAUAACUUAUACAUUCCCAAGAAAAUUCACCUGAGAUGCAAGGCACUAAAGAGGGGGUUGGCUGUAGUCCUUGUCCCUUCUUUUGAGUGAUGCCUCUGGCAUUCAGUGUCCAUCCAGACUUGAGCAGAGCAGUACAGGGUGAACCAGCUGCAGGGCAGCCAGCCUGUGGCAGAGUAGGCUGCCAGGUGGAAAGGCAGGCCUGGGGGCCAGCUGCAUUCAUUUUAGAUUUUUUUUUUUUAAUUAAAAUCAAAACCUUUUUUUAAGCUUUGAAAAUUGAUGGUUUGGGUAUUAAAAAGAAAAAAAAUUAGAAAAAAAAAGACACUAAAGGCCAGUGAGUUGGGGGUCUUAGUGCCCCCUGAGAGAGUAGGCACAGCAUUGCUUCCCUGCCCUGGGGUGCAGACUGCAGGAUGUCUCCCCAGUCUGUGUGACUGGGUCCAGGAGUUUUGUUUGUCCCUGUCCCAGGGUGAGGGUUUUUUUUCCCCUUGUUUUGUUUUGUUUUCUGCGUGUCUUGUUUUCCUUCUCCUCCAUGUGUCUUGGCAAGUGCUCAUUUCAAUGGCUGUUAGCCAAAGGGAAUGUUCUGGAGCUGCCAAGAAGGGAGGAGACUCGUGUUGGCCAAUCCCUGAACGAACGGUGCUCCAUCCUUCUUGUCCCUUGUCGCAGUGUUAAGGAGCCGAGAGCCGCCUCCCUCGGACUCUGCUUUCUUUCCCGUGUGUCACGGGUUUGCCCAGUGCUGCCACUAGCCUCAGCUGCUUCCAUCAGCCCCUCCCACCACUGAACCCUUCAGAACAGACAUUUGGGGGUGGGGGUGUCACACGUGGGGGGGCCACUAGUGGGAGGACCCCAGGUUUGGGUUCCAAGCCAGUUUCUGUCCCAGGUGCCUGGCACACACAGUCCACUUAGCACCUGGUGAUGGGAAGACACCUCACAUUAGAUCAACCACUGGGGUCUCCAACUUAGAAAGGUCCCCACCUUAGAUCAAUCACUUGGACACUAAGGCACGUUUUAGCGUCUCUUGUCUCAAUGAUUGUGCCCACUUGUCUGUCCAUCUGUGUUUUCUGUCAUGCCAUCAGAUGUAGUCCUCAGAAAUAAUGCACACUAGCCUCUGACAACCAUGAAGCAAUCCGUUACAUGUGGGUCUGAACUCAUAGACUCGAUUCAAAUAUCAAAUAAAUGAUGUAACAGAAA